ACCUCCACGGUCGGCCUAUGCCGCACAUCUCAGUGAACCCCAAUCUAGGCAUCUAGUAGCUACCACCACAUCCUUUCAAUUCGCACACAUACAUAGUGUGCUAGCAAGGUACAAAGUUUGAGAGAGAUGGCAACCACAACAACACUUCUUGCAAUACCAGCUGGAAACGGAGUGCCCUGCGAAUCAGCAAAUACAAUACAAAACUACUACUCCUUCAAACUUGCAUCAUCUGCAAGAACACGAGACGCCCUCCCACGGAUAAUCAACUGGAGGUGCAGGAGCAGUCGUAACGGCAACGGGACCAUGACCAUGGCCGCCCUGCCUGUCGUCCUCAAGCAGGACGCAGAGGAGGAAUGGAUGGGGUACCUGGCUCCCGAGAAGCUGGAGGUGCUGGCGCACCUGGAGCCAUGGGCGGAGGCGCACGUGCUCCCUCUCCUCAAGCCCGCAGAGGAAGCGUGGCAGCCGUCGGACCUUCUCCCUGACCCGGCGGCGCUGGGCGACGACGGCUUCCACGCCGCCUGCCGCGACCUCCGCGCGCGGGCGGCGGGCGUCCCCGACGCGCACCUCGUCUGCCUCGUCGGCAACAUGAUCACGGAGGAGGCCCUCCCCACGUACCACAGCGUGCCCAACCGCUUCGAGGCCGUCCGCGACCUCACCGGCGCCGACGCCACCGCCUGGGCGCGCUGGAUCCGCGGCUGGUCCGCCGAGGAGAACCGCCACGGCGACGUCCUCAGCCGCUACAUGUACCUCUCGGCACGCGUCGACAUGCGCCAGGUCGACCGCACCGUGCACCGCCUCAUCGCCUCCGGGAUGGCCAUGAACGCCGCCCGGAGCCCCUACCACGGCUUCAUCUACGUCGCGUUCCAGGAGCGCGCCACGGCGGUCUCCCACGGCAACACGGCGCGCCUCGUCGGCAAGCACGGCGACCACGUCCUCGCCCGCGUCUGCGGCGCCAUCAUGGCCGACGAGAAGCGGCACGAGGCGGCCUACACGCGCGUCGUCGGGAAGCUCUUCGAGGUCGACCCGGACGCCGCCGUGCGCGCGCUGGGGUACAUGAUGCGCCGCCGGAUCACCAUGCCCGCCGCGCUCAUGACCGACGGGCGCGACAACGACCUCUACGCGCACUACGCCGCCGCCGCGCAGCAGACCGGCGUGUACACGGCGUCCGACUACCGCGGCAUCCUGGAGCACCUCAUACGGCAGUGGCGCGUCGAGGAGCUCGCGGCGGGGCUCUCCGGCGAGGGGAGGCGCGCGCGGGACUACGUGUGCGGGCUGCCGCACAAGAUCCGGAGGAUGGAGGAGAAGGCCCAUGACAGGGCGGCCCAGGCCCAGAAGAAGCCCACGCCCGUCCCGUUUAGCUGGAUCUUCGAUAGGCCCGUUAGUGUCGUGAUCCCGUAAAUUUCCUCGAAAAAUUUCACUGUUGUGUGCCGUUUGUGUCAUAUCCUUGCAAUAAAAAAAAACUACGCUUUUUUUGUCAAAAAA